UCUAUCUCAAAAAAAAAAAAAAAGUAUUUUUAUCAUCUUUUCUUAAAAAAGACCAAUUUUUUUUUUAACUAUUUUUUUAUGGGGGCAUGGUGAGGUUUGAGUCUUUCGAGUAUUACUAUAAAACAGCUCAAGCAUUUUCAUCUGAUUGAAGGAGCAUAGCAAAGGGAAGCAAAAACCCACCAAAGAAGAUUCACUGCCAAUUUCCAAUCACCGGAAAAACCUGUCCGGAACAAUCUUUGGCAAUGAGUGGCGGCAAGCAAUCUCCGGCACCGCCAUCUUCCUCUUUCAUUUCCUUACGAGGAUCUCUUCUCACUCUCGCCAUUUCCAGCUUAAUCUCCUUCACCUGUUUCUCUUUCAAAUCCAUCCACUUCCAGAACCCUACCCCAGCUCCUCAGGUUUCUGCAAAAAUAGCAGAAGAGACGGAGAGUGGGGUGGAAGAAGUAGAUAAGGAUGUGCUUUCUGAUGUAUACCACUCUCUGGAGGUUUUCAGAUUGAACUACGCGGCGAUGGAGAAGAAUUUUAAAGUGUAUAUAUAUCCCGAUGGAGAUCCCAAAACCUUUUAUCAGACGCCUAGAAAGCUCACCGGAAAGUAUGCCAGUGAGGGUUAUUUCUUCCAGAAUAUUAGAGAGAGUCAAUUUCGUACUGAAGAUCCAGAUCAAGCUGAUCUCUUUUUCAUUCCCAUCUCCUGUCAUAAAAUGCGGGGAAAGGUAUGAACUUAAUUUGGUUGUGAUUUGUUAAGAGAAUUUGACAAUGUUGUACUUGAUUGCUGAGAAAAUGUUGAGGUAGUACACUUUAGUAGGUUUUGAAAAAUCUAGUAGUUUUCGAAAUUGCAAUGCUCGUC